UACUCGGCCAUCAUUGACGUCAGAAGCCCGUCGGAGUACCAGGAUGACCACAUCCCGGGCUCUAUCAACCUCCCGGUGUUGAGCGAUGAGCAGCGUCAUGAAGUUGGUAGAAAGCUACAUCGAGCCGAUCACUUCGCCGGUAGGAGGCUGGGAGCUAGCCUCAUCUCAAACAAUAUAGCAACGAUCAUUCAAAAUUACUUCAUGGACAAGCCAAAAGAUUGGAGACCUCUAAUCUACUGCUGGCGGGGAGGACAACGCUCGAACAGUCUAGCUUAUGUCCUUGCAAUGGUUAUAGGUUACAGAGUCUGCGUGCUUGAUAGAGGAUAUCUGACCUAUCGGAACCACAUUAUCUCACAGAUUUCAUCUUUCUCUGACUGCAUCAAAGCCAAGGUGAUCACGGGUCCAACUGGAUGUGGAAAGACCAAGUUGCUUCACUUCCUUUCAUCCUGUGGCGAACAAAUUCUCGACCUUGAGGGUCUUGCAAACCACAAAGGUGGAUCGAUCCUCGGGGGUAUCGACCUUCCUCAGCCCCCCCAGAAGCUCUUCGAGACAAGAAUCGCACAGGUGAUGCGAACUUUCGACUUCAAUCGCACAGUAUGGAUUGAGGACGAGGCCGCCACGAUCGGAAAGCUGCAUAUCCCCAGGAAGCUCUGGGAAGCGAUGCUGUCAUCUCCGAGAUAUUUCGUUCGCCUUCCCUUCAACGAGCGGGUA